AUGAUUUCUGUGGUGGAAAGUGAUGUGGCUUCAUUGGUGACUUAUAUAAGCCCCAUAGAUCCUCUUGAACGGGCCUUGAUGGGGGAUGAAGAAGAAAGUGAAGAUGAGAUGAUAGAAGAAAUUGAGCAAGUAUUUAACAUGUCUUGCAAAUAUGUCCAUGGGCUUGAGAGAUUUGAGGAGUUGGACAAACCUGUUACUCUGACCCCUCCUAAACCAUUUAUUGACGAAGCUCCAAAGCUAGAGCUCAAACCUCUUCUAGUGCACCUGUGCUAUGCUUACUUGGGGAACUCUGAAACAUUGCCAGUGAUUAUCUCAUCCAACUUAACUAAUGUGCAAGAAGAAAAGCUGCUCAUAGUGCUUCGUGAGCAUAAAAAAGCAAUUGGGUGGACAAUUGCUGAUAUAAAAGGAAUCAGUCCAUCAUUUUGUUUGCAUAAAAUCUUUCUAGAAGAUGGACACAUCCCUAGUGUUGAGAAACAAAGAAGAUUAAAUUCGAUUAUAAAAGAGGUCUUGAAGAAGGAACAACUGGGUGAGCCCAGUGCAUUGUGUGCCUUAAAAGGGGGGAUGACUGUUGUAGAGAAUGAGAAAAAUGAGCUAAUUCCUACUCGCACUGUGAUGCGGUGGAGAAUUGUCAUUUUCCCAGAGGAUCAGGAGAAGACCACUUUUACAUGUCCUUAUGGUACUUUUUCUUUCAAGCGAAUGCCAUUUGAUCCUUGUAAUGCACCGGCCACUUUCCAGAGGUGUAUGAUGGCCAUUUUUACUGAUAUGGUGGAGCAAUUCGUAGAAGUCUUCAUGGAUGAUUUUUCAGUCUUUGGGUCUUCUUAUGAUGACUGUUUGAAGAAUUUGGGCAUUGUGUUGCUUGAAAAGGAUGUAAUCUUUAAUUUUGAUGAAGCCUGCCUGAAGGCAUUUGAGGAGCUCAAAAAGAAGUUCAUGACUGGCCCCAUUAUUGUGGCACCUGAUUGGUCCUUACCAUGCUAUUGGGCAGUGCUUGGCCAGAGGAAGGACAAAAUAUUUUAA